UACACUUUUACUUGCGUCCGGUCUGCUGGCGGGUGCACUUUCUUCCACCGCAGUCGCACCACAGUCUCCGUAACAAUUGUCGCUUCCGUCGCUAUUUCAUCCGUCACCAACUCAUCACCGUUUCGAACCAUAUACAAUUGUUUAUGUCGAUAAGUUGAGCGAGGUGAACAUUACGACGUCCCACGCGAGUUUAUGGUGCGCGACUGUCGACGAUGCGGCCGCCGCAGCUGCAGCUGCUGCACGUCCUUUUCUGCUUCACGUAUAUCACGGUGGUCACUCCCUUGGUGACAAUCGACAAACAUGCGAAACCAGUCACGAAUGAUCAUUACGACACCGGAAUUCUUCCACCACCGGUCAAUUCUUCCUCGUCGACCAGUCACCGUGAUAAGAGGAUAUUCUUUGAUGAUCUUUUUGGAUCAGUUAGUUAUGAACCGGAAGAAAAAUUAACGAUCGAAAAUUGCACAUGCAAUUGUGGAGUAUCUAAUCAAGAAAUCCGCAUAGUAGGCGGACGACCCACUGGAGUGAAUAGAUACCCUUGGGUGGCUAGGCUUGUUUAUGAUGGCCAUUUUCAUUGCGGAGCAUCGCUCAUCAAUAGCGAUUACAUACUUACAGCUGCUCAUUGUGUGCGGAAGCUAAAGAAAUCAAGAAUUCGUGUAAUAUUAGGUGAUCAUGAUCAAAGCACAACAUCUGAUGGUGAAACAAUUACUAGGAUGGUAGCAUCUAUAGUUCGACAUCGAAAUUUUGAUGUAAAUUCGUAUAAUCAUGACGUUGCCUUAUUAAGGUUACGAAAGUCAGUACCAUUUUCCAAAGCAAUUCGUCCCAUAUGCUUACCCGCGUCUACUCGAGAACCAUCCGGAAAAAUGGGAACAGUAGUUGGUUGGGGACGAGUAUCCGAAGGUGGUUCCCUAGCCAAUAUUGUGCAGGAAGUUCAAGUACCUAUCUUGUCUUUGGCACAGUGUAGAGCGACGAAAUACCGACCGCAGAGAAUUACUAAUAAUAUGAUUUGUGCCGGAAGAGGCGUGGAGGAUUCUUGCCAG